AUGGCCUCUCCCAAGAAAUAUUGUUGCUUCCUCUUUGCUUCUGUUUUAGCUAUCAGCAUCUUCUUCAACAAUGGGAUCGCCAUUGAAGAAGAAACAAAGGCCACAGAAACCGAAUCAUGGCUCACCGUUUCUCUCUCCUCUCUCUUGCCAUCACAAACUUGCACACCUUUUACUGGUUUGAAGAAGAAUUCAAGCUUGGAAGUGAUACAAAGACAUGGGCCAUGUAGUGAACUAAAGCAUGGGAAAGCAAAUCCUAAAACUACUCCAACACACUUUGAUAUCCUAAGUGAAGAUCAAGCAAGGGUGGAUUCAAUUCACUCCAAGCUCUCUGAAAGCUUCGACCAUGGAAACAUGAAGCAAUUGGAUUCUGCAAAUAUACCGGUACGCUCUGGCAUGCCGUUGAACACCGCCAGCUAUAUUGUCACCAUUGGAUUCGGCAGCCCUAAAACGGACUUGUCGCUUGCUUUUGAUACGGGAAGUUAUUUAACCUGGACUCAGUGCACGCCAUGUCUUGUGAAGUGUUACAAUCAACAAGAACCAAUCUUUGAUCCCUCUAAGUCCACAACUUAUUCCCGGAUAUUCCAGUGCGGUGCUUCUAAGUGCAAUGAGAUUUUUUCUACUGCAAAAUAUCAAGAAUGUGCUAAUCCUGAUUACGGCGACACAUGCAUAUAUACGGUCAAAUACGCCAACACUGAUUUCUCCAUCGGCUUUCUCAGCAAAGACAGGCUCACCAUCACCGCCGGUGACACCUUUGACAACUUCUUGUUUGGUUGUGGUCAAAACAACUUAGGGGAUGCCCUUGGCCGCACCGCCGGCAAACUUGGCCUCGGCCGCCACCCGAUCUCCUUCGUCCAACAAACAGCCACGACCUAUGACAAAGUCUUCUCCUAUUGUCUCCCCUCCACCACAAGCUCCUUCGGCCACCUCACCUUCGGCAGCGACGGAGUUCGCAAAAAUGUUCAAUACACUCCGAUCACCACCGUCCCCAACCUUACCUCAUUCUACGGUAUCAGCGUCAAUGGAAUCACCGUCGGUGGAAUAGAACUAUCAUCCGUUGCUUCUACGCUCUCGUCAGCCAGCGCAGUCAUCGACGUUAGCACACUCAUCACAAGGCUGCCGCCGUCAGUUUACGCUGCCCUGAGAUCGGAGUUCCGACAACAGAUGACGAUGUAUCCCAUGGCAAGCGAGAUAUCGAUACUGGACACAUGUUAUGAUUUGAGCGGGUACAAUGACGGGACAGUGAUGAUUCCAAAGAUAAGCUUGGAGUUUGGUGACAAGGUCAAGCUAGACUUGGACGUGAGUGGGAUCGUUUUUGUUGUAAGUACCAAACAAGUGUGUUUGGCUUUUGCUGCGAAUGAGAGAGAAGAUGAUGUUCUUAUACUUGGAAGUGUUCAACAGAAGACGAUAGAUGUGGUUUUUGAUCUUAAUGCAGAAAGGCUUGGAUUUGGUCCUGCUGGCUGCAUGUGA